GCUCACAAAGCUUCCGGGUGUACGUUGGCACUGACCUCCGUGGUAUCAUCCUCUGCUAGAAAACUACGUCGCCGACGAUGGCCGUACGUCUCGCGCUGGUGGCGGCGCUGCUGUGCGCCGUCGCCACCGCCGCGGUGGCGCAGCAGGCGAACAACGUGCGCGCGACGUACCACUACUACCGCCCUGCGCAGAACAACUGGGACCUGGGCGCCCCCGCCGUGAGCGCCUACUGCAGCACCUGGGACGCGAGCAAGCCGCUGUCGUGGCGGUCCCAGUACGGGUGGACGGCCUUCUGCGGGCCGGCAGGUGCCCACGGUCAGGCGGCGUGCGGGAGGUGCCUCCGGGUGACCAACACGGCGACGGGAGCGCAGAUCACGGCGAGGGUGGUGGACCAGUGCGCCAACGGCGGGCUGGACCUUGACUGGGACACCGUCUUCACCAAGAUCGACACCGACGGCCAGGGCUACCAGAAGGGCCACCUCACCGUCAACUACCAGUUCGUCGGCUGCUAGGCGCUAGCAGCUUGAUUGCUGU